CUUGUAUUAUUCAUGAUGUGUCCCCCAGGCCCCUCCCCCUGGCUCCAUAUAUGGAGAGCACAUGGAGGGCUCCAGAAGUGUCUCAGGCAGUAUAAAAGGAGUCGGUCUGGGAGAGGUUGCAGUACAACGAGCAGCAGAGAGCAGACGCUGACACACAGGCAGACGCUGACACAGGCAGACGGCCUCCAGCUGAACUGUGACAAGAAGCUCCAGGAAAAGCAGCAGCAGAGCGACAUGUUCCCUCUCAGCCUCCUCCAGUCCUCACACAGUCCUGUGUAUGUCUACCGCCAGCCCGAGCUCCCCCAUUGGACCGCCACACACCUCAUCCUCCGCCAGCUGGAAGACGACAUGCUGAGCGUGAGCAGCGACAUGGAGAGGAGAAUGCAGCGCCUCCACCAGGCUUACCAUCUCCUGUCCAAUGACCCGGACAUGGGGAGAGGGGCUCAGAGCGGACACCCCACCGCCCCCCAAGACAAAUCCCCCACCGAGGGAAAAGACGGGAAGGAGAACUUUGAGCUCUCCCUGGACGUGAGUCCGUUUUCUCCAGAAGAAAUGACAGUGAGGACGGAAGGAAGGAGACUGAUCGUGGCGGGAAAAUCCGACAAGAAAAGGGAGACGGAGAACGGCGGCUUCUUCCAGGAAUACAGAGAAUGGCGCAGAGAAGCCGAGCUCCCAGAAGAUGUGAAUACCGAGGACGUGCUGUGCUCCAUGUCCAAGGACGGGCGGCUCCACUUCUGGGCACCUCGCCUGGCACUGCCCGCUGCCCAAGGGAGAUCCAUCACCAUCACCGUGGAGCAGAGCCCAGAAGAAGGUCAGGAGUCCAACCCGGAGAACCAGAACCAACCGGGACAGCAGGAGCAAGACCUCCCCCAGAAUUCAUCCUGAUGACAUCAUGGGACUGAGAUUUGGUACAAUAUUCAUAGAUUCUCUGUCACUAUUUCUAUCAGGAUGAGAACAGGAAGACACUUCUACUUUCCCAUGUUAGAAUUGAUGUUAUUGGUCCAGUUUCCUGAUUUCUAUAUUGCUUGAAUCACUGUUUCUAUACACUGUAUACAUCGUAUUCUAAAUAAAUAUUUUCAUAUAACUA